CGUCGCACAAGACAACCUCGACUUCAGCCCUGUAGAUCCUGGUCUCUUCCCUCGGGCCACUUGAUAUACGAGGACUGUAGCUACCACAAAUGGUCCAAGGUCAUCCUCCUCUUUAAAGUUCAUGCCCAACGAGGAUGGAUGUCGUGCCACGCACACACUUCAACGCCAUUGAACUUUCUCCGAUGAGUUUCAACAUGUCCUUGUCUCAACAUCAACUUCCUAGACUGUCUGAAUGUGGUAAUUUGUCGCUCGAUCGCGACCUCAAUCGCGUGAGAUUCCGUGUUGGAAAUCAUGACCAGUUCGACCUUUGGGCCGCACCAUCUUCUAGCACCUCCCAGAACCUGGUCGAUGUCCUGACAACUCAUCAUGCCAACGACGACCUACUCAAAGCACACCACAGUAACCUUCGCCCGACCACCAUCUUUUCAGGUCUCCGAAGUAUCUCGAGGACGAGCAAUUCGUGAUUUCCUGGCUUGGAUGGACCGACCGAGAGUCCCAUACAUAGUGAUCUGGCGGACCAGGAUAUUCAGACGGGGCUUCGGAAUCAAUCGUCCCGCCAUGAUUGAGGCGUCAUAGUUUUCGCCUGAGAGAGAAUUUCUGUACCACGCAGGCUCUAAUUCACACAUGUGAACGCCCCUGACGCCAUAUCUCUCGAGCGUGGUGAUCAGACAAGCCACGCAGGCCCGUGUUUGUCUGGCAUGUCUAGCUAAAACCUUCGAGUCGGUGGCUAAGGGUAGAAAAUCAGGUUUGUUUGCGGGGCAGAAGAGGCGGUCUGGAAUUUUCAAGCCCCUCCCAGAGUCAGGAGUCAGGAGAAGACGAUCAAUUUACGAUUGUCAAGGUUUGGAGCAGAGACAAUUGACGAAACCAUGGAUCUUGAGAUCGCGCGGCGCCACCUUGACUCGCCCCGAAAUUCGCUAACAGAUUGUCGUUUGUUCCCCGCGCUUGGAACAGUGGCUAGCAGCUGAUCAACUGUUCAAGUUCACCGGGCUCCGAAAGGUGUGGAUGGAUUGGUAUGUCUGGCAUGGAUGGCAUGGAUGACGAGGUACUUUGUGAGUUCAUAUCACGUGGUCAACGCCAAGUCUCGCAACGGAUCAAAUGACAUGCAGCGAGCAUUUGACCGCCCAAACGUGGUGUGCUAGUGCGCACCAUAUUGUGUCAGUCAGCUAUUUAUCCCCUCUUCAUGAUUCGCCCGUGUCCAACUAUUUGUUUACAUAUUGACGUCGCAGGCCAGACCCGUACAACAUCGAUAUCCCUCACUACAUCUGCGACAAAAUCGACACCUCUCACCACAUUUGCAGCAAUCCCUCAAAAUGUCGGUGGGAGAGAUCUUCGCCGAUGCCCAACGCUCACUUGUGGGCCAUAAAUCCCUCGCCAAACGACUGCGCCGUCUCGAGCAAUCACCCAACUUUGAAUCACAGAUCAAACAAUGUGUCUUUCGAUUACUCGAUGUCAGCAAGUCGGAAGUUGCGGGCAGUCGCGUCAUCAAAUUCCUCACAACAUAUCUCGAAACAUCAGAAGAUUCAAGCCAGACUGCAGCUGCCCUACUGCUUGCGCUCCUCCCCUUCCUCUGCACCAAAGAUAAGACCGUUCGCUACCGGGCCACACAGAUCGUGUCGCAGACGCUCGGCGUUCUCACUACUAUCGACGAUGACUUGUAUAAGGUGAUUCGCCAUGAAUUGAUCAAAAGAUUGAGAGACAAGGUCCCCGCCAUAAGACUCGAGGCCGUCAUGGCCCUCGGUCGAUUAGUGGAGAACGAAAUGGAGGAGGAGGAAGACGACGAUGACGAUGAGGAUUUCGAAGACGAGGACGUUGCUCCAGGCCUACUGGAGAAGCUUCUUGACGUGCUUCAAAACGAUACCAACGCCGACGUCCGAAGAGCUCUACUCCUCAAUCUGCCCAUAACUCCCAAGACUUUGCCCUACCUGUUGGAACGCGCCCGAGAUCGUGACGGACCGACCAGAAGAGCUCUUUAUGCCCGUCUGCUACCAUCUCUAGGUGACUUUCGUCACUUGUCCCUGUCGAUGCGCGAGAAACUGUUGAGGUGGGGAUUGAGAGAUCGAGACGAAAAAGUGCGCAAGGCCACUGGACGGUUGUUCAGGGAGCGUUGGAUCGAGGACUGCGCGGGAUCGAGAGUGGCAGAAGUGGAGGAUGGCGGUCAAAAGAAGGUCGGCUUUUAUGAUCCAAGUAUCCCCGCGUUGCUAGAACUGCUCGAACGCAUCGACACGUUGAACACCGGUAACGAGGAUGGGGUUGCGCAAGAAGCCAUGAAAGAAUUCUGGGCUGGCCGGCCUGACUAUCUCGACGCUGUCUUCUUUGACGAUGAGUUUUGGGACAACCUCACUCCUGAAUCGGCAUUCAUGGCCCGCACUUUCAACGACUAUUGCCAGGCCGACCCUAAGUACCAAGCAAUGGUCGAAGAGAAAAUGCCCGAGGUCACCCGUCUUGGUUUUCAUCUUCAAAAGCACGUCAACACCCUGUUGAUCAAGGUGCAAGCUGCCACAGAAGCCGAGUCCGACGAUAAAAUCGCCGAACAGGCUGAACAGGAAUUUAUCGUGGAGCAGUUGCUGCACAUUGCACAGACCCUUGAUUACACUGACGAGGUCGGUCGACGCAAGAUGUUUGCCCUCUUGCGCCACGCUCUCUCAAUGGCCGACCUUCCUGAGGAAUGCACACGCCUGACCGUCGAGGCACUCCGGCUGGUGUGUAAUCCGGACGAAGCUGGAGAGCGGGAAUUCACAUCCGUGGUCCUCGAAGCCAUCGCCGAAGUACACGACAACAUUGCAACAUCUGACAUCGAGGACGAGGCACAGGCCGACGAGGAUGACAGUUUUGUCUCUGCGCGCAGCGAAGUCAGCGGUGGUGGAGCUGACACUACCCCACGACAAGAUGGCGACAAGUCUCAGAGACGCAACAAGAACCUCUCGGCCGAGGAACAGGAGGCCAAGGUCAUCAAGGAAAUCGUCAUCAACAUGAAGUGUCUGUGGAUCGCACAGUGCAUGCUGCAGAACGUGGCGGGCAAUCUACAAACCAACAUUCAUCUUCGCACCAUGCUCGACAGCCUGGUAAUACCCGCGGUGCGAUCUCACGAAGUCUUGAUCCGCGAAAGGGGCGUCCAGUGUCUUGGUCUCUGUUGUCUCUUGGAGCCCAAAUUGGCCGAAGAGAACACACGACUCUUCACCCAUCUAUUGAAAAAAGGCCACGAACAACUCCAAGUCAUGGCCCUGCGCAUUCUCUGCGACAUUCUCCUCGCCAAAGGCCCCGCCGCCUCAUCAUCGUCACCCAGUGGCACAGGAUCCGACGAGUCCGCCGAUGCCAACACCAGCACUCAUAAUUCAGAGCCAUCAGAUUCAAACUCCGCCACAACCACAACCACCACCACCACCACCCAACUCCUAGCCCCAUUCAUCAAAGCCCUGUCCACGAGCUUCCCAGAUGAAGUCCGUUCAACUGCGACCGAAUCACUAUGCAAAUUAAUCCUAUGCGGCUUCUAUAAAGACAACGAAGAACUAUUCGACCAAAUUGUCGAGCGGGCGAUCCAAACCGCAGCUAAAGGCUGGGAUCUGUUAGAAAAGGUCAAGAACGCUGUUCAAGUGGAUCGAGAAGAGGAAAAGGAGCAGGAGAUGGAAAAGCAAAGGGAGAUGGAGAGGUUGGCUCCUCGUGAUAGUGGUGAUGUAUUUGGUGGAUUUCCUCGAUUAUCGGCCGCUGUGCCGGUGUUACCUCGUCCUUCAAAUGGCGAUGCUUUGAUUAUGGGCAUGCGUGUGACGCCGAGGACGAGUGGUGAGGGUGUAAGUGAAUGAGUUUGAACAUUGUUGAUAGUAGAGCAAAGCAUAGCGUGGUUUGAUCUCUGUACGCCGUCACAAUAUCUGGAAGGGGGUUUUGUUGAUAACAAGUAAUGAAUACCUAUUUGUUUCCGUUCUUCA